AUGAACAGGCACGCCAAACGGGCACAGCGGGGGAAACUACGCGAGCAACAGGUGUCAGUACAGGCUGACGGUCGCUUUGGGGGAGACGCUCAUGGCUCGGCCGGUGUGCCUGUUUGGGGGGCAGAAUGCGUGCCGGCAGCGAGUAAUCGACCACAGCGGGAAGGCGUGAGGCCCUCAGAACCGGAGAAGUGUAUGGCGAAGGAGAAGCGGGAAGGUCCCUUGUAUGAGAUCAGCAGGUUCCGCAAGAGGAUGCGGUCGAAGAAGGAUGACGAACAAGAAGGAGGCAGCGACAGUGAUCUUCCUCCUCUCAUUAAUGGUUACGACACUGAUGAAGAGGACGAAGACAGGGACAGCAGCGAUCGAGCCCCAUCCGACUCUGCUAUAGGUUGCAACCCAGGGCUCCUCGACCCUUCGCGCCGAGGGCCGCGCGUCAUGGGGUCCCCGCGCGAAGCGUCCCCAAUGGUGCCCGGCGGAAACGGCCCUAGUGGAGCUGCGGAACCGAUCACAAGUCAAGUACCAGAUCAACGAGAAUAUGGACUGCUUGCACAAGAGAGCUGCGUGGCACCACCAUCAGGGAGACGUGUCGCCAUCUCCACCGCUAGGGCUGCCGCCCCUUCGUCACUCACGGCGGAUUCGACGUACUCGUUCUUUGCAGCAGCCGCAGCCACCAGUUGCGAGAGGCGGUCAGCAGCGUCCAAGAGGUUGAAACCCGUCUUGAAGCUGAACUCGCAAGUCUCGACGUCGAUCCCAUGA